CCGUAAAGCCUAGUGUAUAGACGUAACUGAGGACUACGUGAAGUCCAGUUUGACAGUGUUUGUGUUGCGGUCGAGUCAAACAUGCCGGUGGAUCUGAGCCAGUGGAGCGACUCUCUCGCCCUGCAGGAGGUGGAGGAGAAGCCGGCGCAGCCCCUGACCGUGAAAUACGGCUCCGUGGAGAUCGACGAGCUCGGCAAAGUGCUCACGCCGACACAGGUGCAGGAUCGACCCACCUGCCUCGAGUGGGACGGGUGUGACCCCGGGAAGCUGUACACCCUGGGCCUGACCGACCCCGACGCCCCCAGCAGGAAAGACCCCAAGUUCAGGGAGUGGCACCACUUUCUGGUGGUCAACAUGAAGGGGAACGACGUGUCCUCUGGCUGCGUCAUGUCGGACUACGUGGGCUCUGGUCCUCCCAAAGGCACAGGUCUCCACAGGUAUGUGUGGCUGGUGUACGAGCAGCCGGGCAGCCUGUCCUGCUCCGAGCUCGUGCUCACCAACCGCUGUGGAGACGGCCGCGGCAAGUUCAAGCUCCAGAGCUUCAGGCAGAAGUACAAGCUGGGAGCUCCGGUGGCGGGAACCUGCUACCAGGCCGAGUGGGACGACUACGUCCCCAAACUGUACGAGCAGCUGGCUGGGAAAUAAAGAGACAUGAAAAAAACGCUCUGCACUAGGGAGUUAACCCCAACAGUAACAAAGCUCUUAUUUUUUGUGAGUGUGCCACUGAAUAUUAUUUCUCUUUUCCUGCUGUUGCCUUCCUGUGCUGCGACGACAAUGACUUUCAAUGAUGUCACCUACACUCACCUGCAAUAAAUCUGUUCAAGACA